AGCUUCUGUAGAAGAACCACCAGAGUCACAAGAUGAAGACUGUGUUCCUGACUCUCCUCCUGGGUCUGGUCUGUGCUGCCCAGGAAGCUCCAGCCGAACUAGAACCCUCACAGAUUACAGGAGACUGGCGCAGCAUUCUCACGGCUGCAGAUAACAAGGAGAAGACUGAGGAAGGAGGCCUCCUGAGGGCCUACGUCCGUCAGUUUGAAUGUAGUGACGGCUGUUCCUCACUAUCCAUUAAAUUUUAUGCCAAGUUUCAAGGGGAAUGCACAUUAAUCAAUGUAGUUGCACAGAAAAAAGGGGAUGUUUAUCACGUAGGAUAUAUGGGUGCAAAUUUUUUCGAACUGCUUCCCAUAUCAGACAGCGCAUUAGCAAUCUACGCUGAAAACUUUGAUGGUGUGAAGACUACAAAAGUGACUCAACUUCUCGCCAAAGGAGAUGGUGUCACUCAAGAAGAAAUUCAGCAGUAUGAGGAACUGAACAAAGAAAGGGGGAUUCCAACUGAAACUAUAGAAGAUCUCACUGAAACAGACGACUGUCCUCAAUAAUAUCUGACAGCCUCUUCUGGAGAAGUGAAUGAAGAAUGAAUACUUGUAGCAUCAUAGCACUAAUGUGCCACAAUCAGAUAUAUGAUGAUAAAAGUCAUUUUCCUGGAAAUCCUCAUUUCUCCUCUCCCAGGAAGUCAUGUGCCUGUUCAAAUGGCUUUCCAACUAUGAAUCUCCUCUGCCCUUGCUCAUGUUUCUGGAUUCCUAAACUGAUCAAUAAACUGAUUAAUGCACAGA